UCAGUUUCAUUUACUCUUAACUUAUGAUGGCUGCCGAACAGAAAAGAAGAGAAGAAUUCCAGGAUAGUAAAGAUAUUUUCAAAAAGAAUUCUCUCUUAAUUAUCCACAAAAUGCUUGAACUGAACACCCAAACUCAAGAAAAUACUACAGUGUUGGUGGAUGAGAUUCUUCACAGCAUCUUCUUUUUGGGAGGGAUCAACAAUCCACCAUAUUCCCCAGAAGUUAUUGUGAGAGAUGAAGAGAUGUUGAAUGCGUUGAAGAACUGCUACCCAAAGCCUUUUGGCCUCUAUUCCUCUCAAGUACCCAAGCGGAGUCCACUUUCAUGUGUGCUAGACAUGAUUGUCCACCUGCUUGGACAAGAGAGGGAAAAUGAAAUCAUAGGCACACUGCAAGACUUCAUCCGUCAACUGUCCAGGGGUCGCAGAGCAAAGCAUCUGAUCUCAUUCACCAUCUGUGUAUCUCAGAACACUGAGAACCCAAAUUCACUCAGGUACUAUGGAGUCUCCAUGUCCACUUCUGGCGCUGUUCCCGGGAAAGUCAUGGUCGCUGCCUCCUGUUGUAGUGCCUGGGACAGUCAUGUAGCUGAUGCAGUGAUGUCCUACUAUCCAGAUAAGGUUAAGAAGUCAUACUUUGAUGGAACCAUCAAACUUCCACUGAAUGUAAGGUGCCAGGCAUUUAACCUCAGCAAAGGAGAUGCAAUGCCUCCUUGCAGAUCAUGUGGGAAUUUGUUUGGUUUGCACACGACUGAAACAAAAGAGUGGCCGUAUGGCAACUGUGCUGAAGCUGAGAGCCUGAGCAAGUUGCUUGAAAAUGAGAGGGAGGUUAAAAACCUAGCUGGACCAACAUCUCCCACGUGCACACCUGAAAAAAGGCAGAGGGCUAAAGAGAUUGUUUUGAAACAUCUUGAAUAUUUGCUGUGCCAAGUGAAAUUUAGCUGGGAUCAUUCUUUCUACACCCCAAGGAGCAUUACAUCUUAAAAAAGGGAAAUUAACCCUCUUGUUUUGGUAUC